AUGAGACGGCUGUCAGCCCUGCCCAGAGGGACAAGGCGCCUCUACGGAAUAUGCCUGCAUCUCGCCAUCGGCGCCUCGAUAUGGGGCUACAACAUCGGCAUCCUCUCCUCGGUGCUCGUCCACCCCGGCUGGCGGGAGGCGCUUGGUGAGCCCACGCCGGCGCAAAGGGGCCUCAUCACGGGGAUAUACUACCUGGGCACGUUCCUGUCGUACACGCUGCUGUCGCACCCGCUGGCCGACUACCUGGGCAGGCGGCAGGCGGCCGCGAUCGGGACGGGCGCCUUGUGCCUGGGCGCGGCGUGCAUGGCGGCUGCGAACGGCGGCGCGGCCGUGGGAGCCAUGGCUCUUGGGAGAUGGCUUUGCGGCGUGGGCGUCGGCGUCGUGAGCGCCACGGUGCCGCUGUAUCAGAGUGAGGUGUCUCCCGCCAAGGAGAGAGGCAGACCACGGUGGCUCCUUGAAAAGGGCGACGUGGACACCGCCUCCAAGGUCCUCCACUACCUGCGCGAGGAGGCCGUGGCCGCCGAGGCCAUCACGCACGAGCUGCACGCCAUCAGCGCCGACGUCGAAUCCCGGCACAAGGCUGGCGCGACGUUCGUCUCGCUGUCCCUCUCGCUCUUCCGCGACGCCAGCCUGUUCGCCCGCCUGUGGCGCGCGUUCCUCCUGCAGUUCAUGGCGCAAAUGUGCGGCGCCACAGCCAUAAAGUACUACCUGCCCACGCUGCUCAAGGCCCUCGGCCUGGAGUACAGGCUGGCGCUGGUGGCGGGCGCCGCGGAAAUGACCAUCAAGAUUGCCAUGACCAUUGUAGAGAUGUGGGCGAUUGAUUGGUUUGGGAGGAGGACAUGCUUGACGGGCGGGAGUUUGAUCAUGGGCGUUGCCAUGCUGUCUUGGCCUCGGCCCUGCCGCAUGGGUAUACAGCUCCGAGUACGAGCUAGGGGCCUCAAUUUUGCCGCAUCAGGUGGUUCCAUUGGCAGCAUACUCGUUUCUCAGAUCUGGCCUGUUGGAAAUGCUAGAUUUGGCAGCGGCAUAUACUUCUUCUUCAUGGUGGUCAACUUUAUAUGCGUACCGGUUAUUUGGCUUCUAUAUCCAGAAACAAAAGGUAGAGAAUUAGAAGAUAUGGACAGUCUGUUUGGAAAAUCCGAGGAUAGAAACGCAACUCUUCCUCUAGACGGAGUAGCUGAAGACGCAGGCGAAGAUGGAGACAUGCUGAUCACGACAACAACCCACGAAGAGGAUGAACCACUUCUGUCAUGA